AUGACCAUCCGUCUUGUGCUAGAAAAUGCGGUGAAACGGAAUUGGGCUAUACAUCAGGUUGAUAUCAACAAUGCCUUUCUCCAAGGCUCUUUGGAGGAUGAGGUUUACGUCUCUCAGCCACCUGGCUUUGUUGAUCGUGAUCGACCGCAUCAUGAGUUGAGAAAGUUUCUUGUUGACUCCGGUUUUAAGACAUCCUUGGCUGACAAUUCUUUAUUCAUUUGCAAACAUGGUCCGGCUCACAUAUAUGUGUUGGUCUAUGUUGAUGAUAUCAUUUUUGCACGACCGACUUCUUUGGUUCAACGGUUUCAUGUGUUGUUGGCUCAUCGUUUCUCUCCUAAGGAUCUUGGUCCAUUGAGUUACUUCUUGGGUGUUGAGGCCACCAGAACACCGAAUGGUUUGCACUUAAUGCAGCGGAAGUAUAUCACUGAUCUACUGGCCAAAACCAAUAUGCUUGAUGCUAAGCCAGUCCCUACACCGAUGUCCACUUCGACGAAGCUCAUUGUGUUAUCGGGUCAACCGCUCGCUGAUGUAACCAAGUAUCGGAUGGUUGUUGGAAGUCUUCAAUACUUGGCGUUUACGCGACCUGACAUUGCUUUUCCAGUAAAUCGUCUAUCCCAGUUCAUGCACAAACCGACUAAUGAGCAUUGGCAAGCUGCAAAGAGGGUCCUUCGUUAUCUUGCGGGUACUUGGACACUUGGUAUUUUUCUUCGCAAUGAUGCUCCUCUCACGGUUCAUGCCUUUUCAGACGCAGAUUGGGGCAGGGAUAAAGUGACAUAUGUUUCCACAAAUGCGUACAUAAUUUAUUUUGGAGGUAGUCCAGUCUCGUGGUCAUCAAAGAAACAGAGGAGUGUGUCUCGUUCAUCAACGGAGGCAAAAUAUCGAGCGGCUGCAAACACGGCAUCCGAGCUCCGUUGGAUAUGCUCCCUCUUAUCAGAAAUGGGAAUCACGCUACCGACGGCUCCGGUCAUCUACUGUGAUAACAUGGGCGCCACGUACCUUUGUGCAAAUCCAGUCUUUCAUUCCAAGAUGAAGCAUGUGGCGAUCGAUUACCAUUUUGUUCAAGAAAAUGUUCAAUCAGGUACCUUGCGGGUUGCACAUAUCUCCGGAGAUGAUCAACUCGCGGAUUGCCUCACCAAACCGUUACCUCCUACUCGUUUUCAUACCUUAAAUAGCAAGAUUGGAGUCAAGAAUCUGCCUCCAUCUUGA